UUCCUGCAAAACAAAACAAAGAGCCAAAAAGAAAAACAUCCUACAAAAUGAUUAAACAUUCAUCAUUCUCACUUUCAACAUCAAUCUGUCUCGUACUUGCUCUUUUUACUGUAACAACCGCACUCGAUCCUGCGCCCGAAGACCCAAUUUUUGAACUGUACAUGCACGAUAUACUUGGCGGAAGCAGUCCCACGGCAAGACCCAUAACCGGUUUGCUCGGAAACAUCUACAACGGCCAAGUACCGUUUGCUAAGCAGAUCGGUUUCGUUCCGCCUCAAAACGGUGUAGCCAUACCAAACGCCAACGGCGCAAUACCAACGGUUAAUGGUAUCAACGGUAUUCCUCUAGGUACCGGUUUGUCCGGUACAGCGUUUUCUGGUCAGAAUCUAAAUGGGAUUCAAACACAGUUGGGUCCUGAUGGUCUGAGUCUUGGCUUCGGGACGAUCACGGUGAUUGAUGACAUAAUCACAUCCGGUCCUGACUUGGGUUCUCAGCCACUUGGUAAGGCUCAGGGGGUUUAUGUUGCAAGUUCAGCAGAUGGCAGCACACAGAUGAUGGCUUUCACAGCUAUGCUUGAAGGUGGAGAGUACAAUGAUAAUCUCAAUUUCUAUGGAAUUUAUAGGAUCGGAAGUGCCAUGUCGCAUCUGUCAGUCACUGGAGGAACCGGAAGGUUUAAGAACGCUUGCGGAUUCGCAGAGGUUAGGCCGUUGAUUCCUGCCGGGCAACACUUUGUUGAUGGAGCAGAGAUGCUGUUGAGGAUCAUUGUCCAUCUUAAAUACUGA